UGACAGCUGAUGGUUUCUGUUCCUCAGGAUUGUGAUGGCAGACACGGCUGUUCAGCUGACCGGAGUCAGAGAUGUGGACAACAAUGAGUCCAGGACACCGGUGUCCACCAGAAUGUCCUUCUCAUCGCUCAGACGAGGAGCGACCGUGAGCUUCCACAGCAUCAACUACAGCGUGAAGAUGAAGAGCGGCUUCCUGUGCAAGAGGAAGCUCACGCAGAAGAACAUCCUCAUCCAGCUCAAUGGUGUCAUGAGGCCGGGACUGAACGCCCUAUUAGGACCCACCGGGAGCGGGAAAUCAUCGUUUCUGGAUGUUCUGGCCGCUCGUAAGGAUCCUGCAGGUCUUUCUGGAGAGGUUCUUAUAGACGGAGCUCCACAACCUCCAAACUUCAAAUGUCUGUCUGGAUACGUAGUGCAGGAUGACGUGGUCAUGGGGACGCUGACCGUUCGUGAGAAUCUGUGUUUCUCAGCGGCUUUACGGCUCCCGAAGUCGAUCUGUCAGCGAGAAAAAGAUGAGAAGGUUGAGGGACUAAUUCAGGAGCUGGGAUUGAGCAAAGUGGCCGAUUCACGGGUGGGCACGCAGCUGAUUCGUGGUGUUUCGGGUGGAGAAAGGAAGAGGACAAGCAUCGGCAUGGAGCUGAUCUUUGAUCCGCCGGUGCUUUUCCUGGACGAACCGACCACCGGCCUGGACGCCAGUACAGCCAACUCUGUCCUCAUGCUGCUCAAGAGAAUGGUGAACAGCGGUCGCACCAUCAUCCUGUCCAUCCAUCAGCCGCGGUACUCCAUCUACCGGCUGUUCGACAGCCUCACGCUGCUGGUGGGAGGAAGACUGGUGUAUCACGGCCUGGCUCAAGACGCCCUGGAUUACUUCAGUCAGAUCGGAUACACCUGUGAACCUCAUAACAAUCCUGCUGAUUUCUUCCUGGAUGUCAUCAAUGGAGAAUCCACCGCCGUCGCUCUCAACAAGUUAUACGACAAUGAGGAACUGGACCAGGAGCAGCUGAGUUCGUCUCUGAAGGGCAUCGAGGACCGUUUGGUGGAAGAAUACAAGAACAGCUCCAGCUACAAACAGACCAAAAGCGAGCUGGAGCGAAUCGUUCAGGGACAGGACUACAGCACACGACCCAAAUCCAGAACCAUCACCUACAGCACAUCCUUCUGCCACCAGUUCAACUGGGUCCUCAGGAGAACCUUCAGGAACCUCAUGCUGAACCCACAGACCUCAUUCGCUCAGGUCAGCACCACCGUCUACAUCAGGCAUUCACAGAUGCACGAGUACAUCAGCGGAUACUACAGAGUCUCGGUGUACUUCUUGUCUAAGAUCCUGUCUGACAUCCUGACUCUGCGCACCAUCCUGGCCAUCAUCUUUGCUAAUCAUGUCCUCAGGCACGAGUACAUCAGCGGAUACUACAGAGUCUCGGUGUACUUCUUGUCUAAGAUCCUGUCUGACAUCCUGACUCUGCGCACCAUCCUGGCCAUCAUCUUCAGCUGCGUGGCAUACUGGAUGAUCGGACUGAAGGCAUCGGCCGAGGCCUUCUUCAUCUUCCUGUUCUCCAUCAUUCUGGUGUCGUACACAGCCACGUCCAUGACUCUGGCCAUCUCCGCUGAUCAGACGGUGGUGGGCAUCGCUAACAUCGUCAUGAACAUGAUAUUUGUGUUCAUGAUGGACUACAGCGAACCCUCCUUUGAGCCGUUUGACUCAAUCAAGGUCAAGUUCCUGUCAUUUAAGACCGUGCUCCUGGUUGUGCUCACAUCCAUCAAGAGGGUUGGGGAGCUUCAG